UUAGGCUGUAAUUAGGGGAUCUGGUAGGAGAACUUUCCUGGUGACGCUUUGCUUUUCUUCUGCUCUUGGUGAGAAAGUACCUCCUUCUUCCCAGGAUCAGGACCUCUGCCAUCCAGAGCCACAAAGAGACAUUUUGCACACACAUACACACAUGCGCACACACACUCGCCUAGAGACAAACUUAAGGUGAGGGCAAAGAGAGUUAGCUUCACUUGAUCUCCAGGUUCCAGCAUCAGCAGGACUUGAGAGCAUCUGAGCUUCUGGAUUUCAGGACAAGUGAAGAAGAUUCUUUGGGCUGUAAAGAUGAAGAGCCUACUUCUCCUGGUGCUGAUUUCAGUGUGCUGGGCUGAUCAUCAUUCGGACAACUACACUCUGAAUUAUGACAGAGUUAUUCACAUGCAAGCAGAAAAUGGCCCCCGUCUACUUGUGGAAGCAGAACAAGCCAAGGUGUUCUCACACAGAGGUGGCAAUGUUACACUGCCAUGUAAAUUUCAUCGAGACCCUAGAGCAUUUGGCUCAGGAAUCCACAAAAUCAGAAUUAAGUGGACCAAGCUAACUUCAGAUUACCUCAAGGAAGUGGAUGUGUUUGUUUCCAUGGGAUACCAUAAGAAAUCCUAUGGAGGCUAUCAGGGUAGAGUGUUUUUGAAGAGAGGCAGUGACAAUGAUGCUUCUCUGACAAUCACAGACCUCACCCUGGAGGAUUAUGGAAGAUAUAAGUGUGAGGUGAUUGAAGGAUUAGAAGAUGGUACUGCUGUGAUAGCGUUAGAGUUACAAGGUGUGGUGUUCCCUUACUUUCCUCGACUGGGGCGCUACCAUCUCAAUUUUCAUGAGGCGCAGCAGGCUUGUCUGGACCAGGAUGCUGUGAUUGCCUCUUUUGACCAGCUCUACAAUGCCUGGCGGGCCGGGCUGGAUUGGUGCAAUGCUGGCUGGCUCAGUGAUGGAUCUGUACAAUACCCGAUCACAAAGCCCAGAGAACCAUGCGGAGGCCAGAACACGGUGCCCGGCAUUAGGAACUACGGGUUUUGGGAUAAAGAUAAAAGCAGAUAUGAUGUAUUCUGUUUCACAUCCAACUUCUACGGCCGUUUUUACUACCUGAUUCACCCCACCAAGCUGACCUAUGAUGAAGCGGUGCAAGCUUGUCUCAAUGAUGGUGCUCAGAUUGCGAAAGUGGGCCAGAUCUUCGCUGCCUGGAAACUUCUUGGCUACGAUCGCUGCGAUGCAGGCUGGUUGGCGGAUGGCAGCGUCCGCUACCCCAUCUCCAGGCCAAGAAGGCGCUGCAGUCCCACCGAGGCUGCCGUGCGCUUCGUGGGUUUCCCAGAUAAAAAACAUAAGCUGUAUGGUGUCUACUGUUUCAGAGCAUACAACUGAGUGUGCCUCUAGAGCACAUCGGUUUUAAAGUCAGAGAAACAUGUGAAAUGUUUUUGUUUUUGUUAUUUCAAUAUGAACUCAUGCAAGUUACCAAAACUGUGAUAACCCUUUUUUACUUACUGUAAAGAGUCAUUUUCAUAUAGACCAAUUCAUUAAUUUGUUUUUGUAAAGCUAUCAUUCGAUAUAUAUUAUAAAUUAAUAUAAUUUUAAGGGAAGCACUACAUAAGGAGGCUUUGGAGCCAAACUGUUUAAGCUACAUCAUCAAAGUAUUCUUUUAUGAAUGGGGCAUGCAAUAGCUUGAGAAUUGCUAGGGUUAUAAUUAAGGAAAGUAAAGCUACUCCAACAGCAGCUUCCACAAGCACAAAUUUUACACAUUUGUAUAAUUUUGAAAUGUACUACAACACACAAAUUAAAGUAACAGAUUUGAAACUUAGGCUUCUUUACAUAAUCUGAGAUUCUGAGACGUUGUGUACUCAGUUUCACAAGGGAACAAGCUAUACUUUUCUAGAAGUUAAUAUUUCAAGUCUCCAAUAGAUAGAAUGUCUUAUUCUUUAAAAUCCUGCCUUUUUGACCAAAAA